CUGAUCGCCGAGGUUACCUCUCCACACGGGAAGAACCACCGCAUCGUAUUCUACCGCGACAUCAACGUAUUUGCCUUCGAGCUGCUCGAUAAAACUGCACGGCACUCGAUCACGUACCGCCUUGAUGAGCUGCUCUGCGUCCGCUCGACGCCGGUGAGGAUCAGGCGAGGAGUACCGGUGGUCGAGGAAAAGCUGGCUCCAACCGAAGCAACACUCUUUUUUAACUUCGUCUUUAAGAAGGACAAGUAUCGUUGGCGAUUAAAGCAGUUACCAGUAACGUUUAAGACGAGUUCAGAACGUAACUACUGGUUGAACAUCGUGACGGCGACGCUGAUCGGAGUGCGGAACCGCCCGAAGAACAUCAUCGUGUUCAUUAAUCCGUUCGGUGGAAAAGGCAAAGCGCAGCAGAUCUUCCAGAAUUAUGUAGAACCUUUCUUCAAACUUACUCCGUGCCUUUCAUUCCAAGUGAUUCUUACGGAGAGAGCGAAUCAUGCUAAAGACUAUAUCCUAGAAAUGCCACCGGAUCAAUGGCAGUGUGUGGAUGGUUUGGUUUCCGUCGGUGGUGAUGGCUUGUUCAACGAAUUACUGUCUGGUGCUCUUCUAAGAACACAAGAAGAUUCUGGAAAGGACAUUCAUGAUCCCGACUCAGAGCAGUUACAGACGCCACACCUCAGAUUUGGAAUCAUUGGAGCGGGAUCUGCGAAUUCGAUCGUCAGUACUGUUCACGAAACGACUGAUUACGCAACUGCAGCACUUCACAUCGCCAUAGGUUCCGAGUGCAACGUUGAUGUGUGCACAGUGCACGAAAACAACCAUCUGCUGCGAAUCUCGGCUAACGCCAUCUCGUACGGCUGGCUGGGCGACCUUCUGAGGGACUCGGAGCGCUACAGAUGGCUGGGACCAAUCCGCUAUCAGUGGAGCGCUCUGCGAACAACAAUUCGCCAUCCUAUCUAUCGUGGGAAAGUGUCAUUCUCUCUGUCGCGUAAAGAAACCGAAGACCCAAGUGAAGUGCUGCCUUUGUGCCUCAAGCCAUGUCCUACUUGCGAUGCUCUUACUAGGUAUGAACCGCUUCCAAAUCUCGAGUUCAGAUUUAGUGGUACUUCACAGACAACUUCCACUCCCCGUUAUGAUUUUCACUGGUACACUGAUUUCACACACGUCAUCUGUUGCGUAAUUCCUACUGUUACUGUGUUUACGCCGUAUGGAUUAGCACCCUUCACAGGGAUUGGUGACGGAACUCUGGAUCUCGCUCUUGUUCCAAGGAUUUCUAGAUGUCAUAACAUACAAUUUAUGAGAAAGGUUGCAAUGUACGGAGGAAAAGGAUUGUAUCAAAUCGACCGCACUCUCUGUUGCUUUCGAGUUUUGAGAUGGUCUUUUGAAGCAGAUGAAAACCAACUCGAUCCUGGGGUUUGGAAUCUCGAUGGAGAGAUUCUCGAGCAACCCAGAGGGACUCCUCUACACUUUAGAUUACACCCUCAACUUAUAAGCUUCUUCGGACGUGACUCAUCAGUGGUAGAACCGUCAAAGAAGAAAGGCUACAUUCAGAAGAGAAAAUCUAGUAUUAUCUACAUUUAA